ACUCUUACAUGGUUGUGACUUUCUAGCAGAUUAUCAUAGGACGCAAGGUAUCAUAGGAGAUUAGUAGGCGCAGACAUAACAGCGUUACCAAACACCAUCGCACCUCCUUGCUCUCCUCUGACUUCUACUCGUCCGGCUCUUCGAUUUUCCAGGGGCUGGCAGAUUCCCACGCGAUGUAAAUUACAAUAGCGGUUAGGGUUUUCUUGGAGCGUUUUGGUAGACAUGGAUUUCGAGAGUAAGAGGAUUCAACUGCUGCUUUCUGUUAUUGGCAUCAUAAUUCUCAGCUUCACAGCUGAAAAAUGUCGGCAGCUGGUUGGGGAAGAUGCUUCAUCCAAGAGUGGAAAGUUUACCUUCUUAAAUUGCCUUGACAUGGGCUCUGGAACAGUAGCAUGUACUGUGAAGGAAGGUGUGAAGCUGUAUUUCUACAACUUCAGAGCUGCCCAUGUUGAGAAGGCAAGGCUCCGUGCAAUUGAGGCUGCAGUAGCCGAUGCAUUAUCACAGGGGCUGAAUGCCAAAGAUGCAGCCAAACAAGCACAGAAAGAGGGAGCAAAGGCAGCAAAGCUUGCUACAAGGCAAGCCAAGCGCAUUAUAGGGCCUAUUAUUUCCUCUGGAUGGGACUUCUUUGAAGCAAUUUAUUAUGGCGGUACUUUGACAGAAGGGUUCCUGAGAGGCACAGGGACCUUAUUUGGCACCUAUGGUGGUGGUUUCUUUGGAGAGCAAAGGUUUGGGAGGUUGGGAUAUCUUGUUGGAAGUCACUUCGGCAGUUGGGUUGGAGGGAGAAUAGGUCUAAUGAUUUAUGAUGUAGUCAAUGGAGUGCACUUCUUGCUUCAGUUUGGUGAAACAGUCGAAACUAUAAUUAACGAAAAGCCCACGUAUGAAAGCCCUGAGGAAUCCUCUGUCUAUGAACCCAUUGCCUCUGUAAGUUCUGAAGAUCAUGAGGAAUCCCAUGUUUAUGAAACUCCUGCAUAUGAAACUCCUGCUUACGAUAGCUCUGAAUCAUAUGAAGAAUUCUAAAGAUCUUGCCUAUGGUGAGUGCAUUGGGCGUUUAACUUGAUUCUCUUGAUUUACACGCUACUCUGUUGAAUCUAGAUGUAAGAUAAAACUGUUUUUCUAUGACUAAUUUAACUAUAGAAAUUAAUCUGGUUUGUAAACAUCUGACAGGAGUCUUUUAAUCAAGUUCUCAUAAUGGAAUGACGCAGUUGCAUAGCA